UUAAUAACAUAAAAUAAAACUAAAAUGUCCCCUUUAUUCUCCCCAUCCCAUAGCUAGUGGCUUUGCCUCUCGUCGCCUUUCUUUCACCGUAUUCUCUACUCUGACUCCUCUCUCUCUAUCUUCAAUCUCGCUCAUCGAUCAGAUCUCUCCAAACCCAUCAAACAAAACCUCCAGUGAACCACCCAUGACGCUUGGCUCAGGUGGAUCGAGUGUCGUGGUGCCUCGGAACUUCAGAUUGCUGGAGGAGCUUGAGCGUGGAGAAAAAGGUAUUGGAGAUGGUACCGUCAGCUAUGGAAUGGAUGAUGGAGAUGAUAUUUACAUGCGCUCUUGGACUGGCACCAUUAUUGGUCCUCACAAUACUGUACAUGAAGGUAGAAUCUAUCAGCUGAAGCUGUUCUGUGAUAAAGAUUAUCCAGAGAAGCCACCGAGCGUCCGAUUUCAUUCAAGGAUCAACAUGACUUGUGUUAACCAUGAAACUGGAGUGGUGGAAUCAAAGAAGUUUGGACUUCUUGCAAAUUGGCAGAGGGAGUAUACCAUGGAGGAUAUACUGACACAGCUCAAAAAGGAGAUGGCAGCCCCACAUAAUCGAAAGCUGGUCCAACCUCCUGAGGGUACCUACUUCUAGCUCUCAAGGUCAUAUAGAUAUCCUGGAUCUAAUUGCAUUUGUGGUAUGCAAUAUAUAGUUUGUAACGCUUGUUGAUCCUGUUUAAGUUAAGAACAUACUGGGGAAUGCUCUGAAAAGCUUCUCCAAUUACUUCUCCUUGGCUUCAUCUUCGUUAUCCUUUUUUGUCAAACUCUGUUGAAGGAUGCUGUUUGAUUAAUGGGAUUUUAUCCGUGUGUCAAAUAUUAAAAAUAGCCUUUUGGUUUUCGUUUUAGUUCUAGCUUUUUUUAUUCUUUAUUUCCUGAAGUAUUUCAGAAUUUCCUUGUUCUUUGAUCUCUUUGUUCCUCUUUGUGUACCAAAAAAACAAUUUUUUUAUCUCCCCCAAGAUGAAAAAGGGGUGGAAUACAGCACAGGACUUGUUAUA